AUGCAUAACAAGCCUCGGGUCAGAGAGAGCUUUGUGAUACAAGUUAGAGGAGAAGAAUCAUCGCUCGGAAGACUCCCUCCUAAUCAUUCUCGAGCAUCAUCAUCUAUCACUGCUCCGAAGCUGAACCUCUCUUCCAUGAAGCUCUUCAACCGGCUCCGGAAGAUCAUCAUGCGCCUCGUCUUCCCGGGUUUCCCUCCCCGCAGCUCGUCUGCCUCGCCGGUGGUUGGGGCUUCGCGUCCCCGGAACAGCUGCGACAAGCCCGACCCGCCGAAGAGCUCGUUCAGCUCAUAUUACUCGUCUCAAUCCCACUACAACGAGGCGAUUGCCGACUGCAUCGAGUUCUUCAACAAGUCGUCAUCGUCUCAGGAAGGGUUUUCGGACGGGAGAAGAAGAUCUGAUGUUAUGGUUUGA